UUUUAGAAAUACUGGAUGCACUUUUAGCGAAAAAAUCAAAUAUCGAUCUUAAAGAUAAUGAUUGAAUUUCUCCCUUACAACUGGCAAUACGAAAUCAGAAGACUGAAGCAGUGGAAAAACUUCUGUUUGCCAAUCAAGAUAUGCAGUUUGAAGACAGUGAUAAAUUAGAAGCAUUUGAAAUGUGUUUGACGAUCGAGCCACAAGGGUGCUUGCAAAUUCUUGAUGUUCUUUCUGAUCAUCUAAACUUGUAUAAGAAUGUUGAUGUCGUCUUCCGUAAAUUUUGUGAAAACAUAAAUACACAUAAUUGUUCAAGGAACAGAGAAGUUCUUGACAGCGUAACGUAUAAGAUUUUGUCUACUAAAGACGAGGUACAAAUUAAUUUAGUAAGCGAUGUAGAAUACUCGCCACUUAUGUACUUCUGCCAUUUUGGAUGCUCUCAAGCUGUGAAGAUGUUAUUGUUUCAUAAAGCAGAUGUUAACUAUGUUGGAAUGAGGGUAACUGCUCUCCACGAAUUAUUAGAUUUGACAGAUGAUGAUAAUGCUGUGUUGUUAUUCGACUGUUUGCUUAAAGAAAAACCAAGGAUGAACAUUUCUGACAACAUGGGCAAGACAGUUGCAGAGAAAGUCAUUGAUAUCUUGUGCGGAAAGCGCAGUGCAACAUCGAGUUUGGGUUAUCAGUAUAUUUCUCCUAUGAAUGAAUAUAGCUUUAAAAAUAUUAGUUUAUGUUUUCAAAAAUUGUUAGAGGCAGGUGUGACUCCUGAUCCAAAUGACUUAAAUGAUGCAUUGUUGAUGUGUGCUAAGAAAAGUGAUUUCAAGGGGAUGGAAUGCCUGAUACACCAUGGAGCGGACUUUUAUAAAAAAGAUAUAAACGGAAAAUCUAUCCUGCAUCUAUGUUGGUUAGACUCUUUAGAUGGUGGAUUAGACUUUUUAAGGUUCUUUAUUGAAUCGGAACAUUCUUUGAAAAGAAUUGAUUCGGUAGACAAUUCCAUAUUGGCGUCAUUAUUGACAUUUGGAGGGAAACGUGCAUAUGGCUUUGUAACGAACGAUAAAGACAUAUCAGAAAUAGCAUCAUUCCUUAUACAAAAUGGAGCCUGCUGUGUAAAAGAUGAAGAAGGAAAUUGGCCGUUACAUUUAGCUGCUAAGAAUGGAUACCUGUCAACUAAUGAUGUCCUCUUGAAAUUGGACAGUGUCUCAUUAUAUGAUCAAAACAAAGAAGGCGAUACAAUGGUACAUAUCUGUUUAAAACAUCGUUAG